GAUAAUCAGGUGGUGAUGCGAGCUUAAACCUUUGACCGUAACUGUUGACGUGUCUCGUCCUCCGGAUGUUCCCUGCAGGGGUGUUUUCUCAAAAGUUUCAAGGAAAUUUAGCGGAAACUAGACCAGGAUCGCUACGUUACAUCACGAAAAGUAAGAGCAGAAUGGCAUCAUCCAGUUACUGGUCUCCCACUGAUGUUCUGGUUGGUUUCGAGUCUCCCACCGAGGUUCUGCUUGGCAGGCAAGAAAGUGUGAAGACUGAGAGGGCUGAAGCACUACCACUGGACGUUGUUAGCAGUCAGUCUAUAUUUUCUCAUGUGCCCAAACCUUACUUCAACCAGGAAAGGGAAGAUGAGAAACCUUACGUCUCUGGUGAGCACGACUUUGGGACAGGUGAGAAGCCGAACUCAGGCAACCUUAGCAAUCUUACAGCUGUGCAUACGGGAGAGAAACCUUACAAGUGUGAUAAGUGUGACUAUUCAGCAAGCCGUAAGGAAUAUCUGAAGCGACACAUGUUUCAACACCUUCCAGCUGAGCAGAAGCCCUACAAGUGUGACCGGUGUGACUACUCCUCUGCUCAUAAAGAGUAUUUAAAAGCACACAUGGUAAAACAUGGAGUGGAAAAACCGUACAAGUGUGACCAGUGUGAUUAUGCUACAGGUUGGAAGUAUGCUUUGGCAGCACACAUGUCCGUGCACACCGGCGAGAAACCCUUCAUGUGUGAAGUGUGCGGGUUCAGCUCUGCCAGCAAACACAGGCUACAGCUCCACAAGCAGACCCACACUGGGGAGAAGCCGUACAAGUGUGACCAGUGUGACUACACAGCCAGCAGGAAGGUUUACUUGGCUCGACACAAGACCAAACACACCGGUGGGAAACUCGCCUGCUCCCUGUGUGAGUACAGCACGACUGACCCGUUCCACCUCAAUAACCACAUGGCUGUGCACAGGGGAGAAAGGCCGUACAAGUGUGAUAAGUGUGACUACUCAGCAGUUCGUAAGGACCACCUAAAGCGACACAUGUUUAAACAUUUGUCAGCAGAGCAGAAGCCCCACAAGUGUGACCAAUGUGACUUUUCUGCAGCACGGAAAGAGCAUCUUAAGGCACACAUGGCAAAACAUUAUAAAGAAGAGAAACCGUACAAGUGUGACCAGUGUGAUUUUACCACAGGUUGGAGGAGCAGCUUGACAACACACAUGCACGUGCACACCAGUGAGAAACCCUACAUGUGUGGGGAGUGUGGGUACAGGACAGCUCAAAAACAAUGCUUGAUUACCCACAUGUCAAAACACACAGGUGAGAAACCCAACAUGUGUGUGGAGUGCGGGUACAGGGCAGCCCAAAAGUUUAGUCUCUCCCAACACAUGAAGAUACACACAGGAGUCCUAGAGAAGCCGUACAAGUGUGACCAGUGUGAUUACUGCACUGCUUGGAAAAACAACUUGGACAUACACAGGAGGAAACACACCGGUGAGAGACCCUACAUGUGUAAGGAGUGUGGGCACAGGACAGUCAGCCAGAGUGAUCUCAAGAAACACAUGAGGGUACACACGGGAGAGAAGCCCUACAGGUGUGACCAGUGUGACUACUGCACGGCGUGGAAAGGGUGCUUGACUAGACACAUAGAAGAGCACACUGGUGAGAGACCCUACCUGUGUGGGGAGUGUGGGUACAGGACGACCAAGUCCAACCUGCACAGGCAUAUGAAGAUACACUCAGGAAACAAGCCGUACAGGUGUGAGCUGUGUGAGUACUGCACGCAUAGGAAGGAAAGUUUGGCAAGACACAUGGCCACUCACUACUGAUGGAAGCCCCACUUCACCCAACCACCUUUACAAUCUUUACACUGUAAAUUACAGGUCAUUUUUUACUAGAUCUAUAAUGUGUCUUUUUCGAAAUUCAUAUCAAUUUUACUAAUACAAUUUCUUGAGGCAGGUCUCCAAAGAGCCUUGGCAUCUCAAGGAAGAUCAGCCAAAGAAAAUCUGGCACUAAGAGAACUGUAGUCCAUCCAUCAGAAAAUAGCAAAACAGACUAAGCCUUAUUCAAUAGCCUCCGGUGCAGACUUCUAGCUGUCUUUUUUUUGUGAAAGACCUGAUUUCCAAGAUGGGCUUUAAGGUUCUGUAAUGCCGAGAGAGGGAGUUCCGCAAUGGCCAUAGCACAUAGAAUAUAGAACAUCAGCACUCCCCCUAUAAGUUUGUAAUAACUGUGCUGCUAGAAAUCUGCAAAGGAGGAUAUCACUCAUAGAGUCAGCUAAGGACUGGCUACACUUUGCCAUAAGUUGUUGAUACCUUGUCUCUCUGGGCUCCAUUGGUCUGUGCUGACUAUGGACAAACCUUCUCUGCCUUGUAGCUCAAGGUUCAGAUACAGAGACAUGAUAGCACAUGGAAAAAGAAGAAGCCCAAAACCAGCGAAAUGUAUCUCAGAAGCUGCUUAUCAAGAUUUUGACAGCUGGAUCGUUUGCCUGGCUGCAGUACUGAUGCUAACUGCUAGAUGACGCUGUAGUACCGUAAAGUGAAUGUUGUGUGGGUCACUAAUGUAUAAGCCAUUUAAAUUUUUGAAGUGUCAAUCCUUGUGUCACACGUAAUUGACAUGGGUCAAAAAUUUAGGAAGGCACAUGGCAUAAAGGGAGAGGUAAAUCAUUUAAUAUGUCAUUUGUGAUUAUACACUUACAGAUAGAUGUUUUGAAACUACACAUCCUUUAACUUUGAAAAUCAUAAUAUUCCUAAAGUAAAGGUUUUCAUGAUAGAGAUUUUCUGCCGCCUUGAGAUGCGAAGGUCUGCCUAUUUGUUAACGAUCUUGUUGUUACACCAUACUAGUAGUUGUUGGUCCCUGCCAACUACUAGUAUCUAAGGCACUGUCUAUUUUAUUUGAUCAUUACGUUAUUUUAACGUAUCAUGCCAGUUUGUGAGUAUUUAUAUCUCCUGUUUUGUCCUUUGUUUGUAGUUUAUCUAUUAGUGCGGCUAGUGUUCCUUUACUUACUACUAGUCUGGAGAGGAGUAUUAAAUAUUAGUG